UGCUCUGCUCUUCUAUGGCUAUGAAACUGUUUCUUCUAUCGCUUCUUUCUUUUCUAAAUAGUCUCCAAUGAAGGCUUUCAUUUCUGAUAAUUUACUGCGGUGUUCGAAUCCUCGAUUCUCAUCGUCUCUCUCUGCCUUCAACUUCAGAUCUUCAUCUCCUAAAAGCGGAGCCUUUUUUCAUUUCUCCAAUCGAAAAUGGUGCUGGGUGUCAAGAACACCGAGUUUCUGCUCGGUCUCUUCUUCUUCUUCUGCCUCACUUUCUGGGAGCUACGGUGGAUGGGACGAACUGAAACCCAUAGAAGAUUUAGACAAGUCUAGUAAGUUGGUUCAAUUCAAAAGUUUUCUGAUUUCUCUAGGAGUCGAUGAUAGAAAGCAUGUAUUCAUGUUUUUUCUAGGGCUUGUUUCUGCUUUGGCUAUUUCCAGAGUUAGAAUUUCCUCAGUUAUAGUUUUUCCUGCUUCUGUAUUGGUUUUCGCUGUGGGAUUUUCCUUGGGGUUUGUCCGUGGGGGUGGUAUCCAUCCAUUGGCGAGAGAUGCAAGUGCAAAUGGAAGUAAGAAAACGAGUAAAGAGGAGAAUUACAAGGUUACUGCUGAUAAAUUGAGGAAAUUGGUGGAUUUUUUCAGCGAGUUGAGUGUUAAGCUGACAAUUUUGGAAAAUGAAAUGAAAGAAACCAUUGACUCGAAUCGCAUCGAGUCGGGUCAAUUAGGAAGACAUUUAGAGGCCAUUCAAUCUAUUAGCUUAUCCAUCUUGCCAGCAAAAAGUGUCCUUGAAGCUUCUGUUAAUAGCAUGGAUCUCUUUGGUAAUUUGGUUGACUCUGGUAGCAUUUUAAUUGAGGAUGGAGAAGUCAAGAGGACUUUGAAUCAGAAACCAGGUAGGAGAAGGAAAGAGACAAGUAUAGUCGGGUUUGAUUUCUUAAGAUUUCUUGGGGGAUUGUUUCAGGAAAAUUCAGUAGCCUUGAAGUACAAUAAAGUGAAAGAUAAUGUUAAGCCUACGGAACCAUUGAUUCUGAAGGAUGUAAAUGAUCAAGCUCAAGGAAACAUUUUAAUGCAUGGAGUUGAAGAAGAGGUCUUAAAUCCAAUUUCCACCAAUAACGUAGGCAACACGAACGGAGGGUCAUCGUGUCCACGGUCGAACUCUGAAACUUCAAAUUUAUAUCAAGAUGGAACUGACAAAUUAGAUAACAGAGUCGGAAUAAAGAAAGUGAGACCAAAGGAUUCAAAACUAGAUUUUUCUGAGAUGGUUAGAAAUGUCAACGGAGUGCUUAACACUGAAGAAUUCAUUUAUCGGAAAAAUAAUUUAAGGUUCAUGAACAAUCAUGGAACCUUCCUGAAGAUGGUGCAACAAAAUACAAGUGAAAUCGGUUCACCCAAGGACAACAUCUAUGGUUCAGUAUACUUAGAUGGAGAUCUGAGUCGUAUGGAAAUCGAAUGUGAUUCAUAUAACAUGGAAACCAAGACAUCCUUCCAACAAGAACAGACUCUAAAUACAUGUAAUGGAGGUAGCAUCCCUUCCCGCAACAAGGAUGAAGCUGAAAACAGGACUUACAGACCUUAUGGAGGAGAGAGUUUGGAAUAUCCAGGUAAUAACCAAUGUGGAGAUUAUGAGACAGUUGGUUCCACAUCAUCAUCCUCAAUGAUUUCAGAAGAUGUGGCAUUUGAUCGGCAUCUUACGGAGGCUACUGACCUUUUAAAACAGGCCAGGAAGGUGUUAAAAGGUAAAGGUGAUGAAGAAAGGGCAGAGAUUAUGUUGUACAAAUCUGCUAGGUUGCUCUCCAGAGCCAUAGCCAUGAAGCCUAUGAGUUUAUUGGCUGUGGGUCAGUUGGGAAAUACUUUUCUUCUUCAUGGGGAACUCAAGUUAAAGAUAAGCCGUGAGUUGAGAACUCUUCUUUCGAAAAGAAAAUCUUCAUCAUUUGAAGUGGUUAAUGGAGUACAGAAUAAGGGGUUAAAUGAUCAAGUUGUGAGCAAAGAUAGAAUUGCAUCGGUUCUCAUUGAUGUGUGCGAAGAAUGUGAACAACUCCUUGUUGAGGCAGGAAGAAAGUAUAGGAUGGCAUUGUCAAUUGACGGGAAUGAUGUGAGAUCACUGUAUAAUUGGGGUCUUGCUCUCUCCUUCCGUGCUCAGUUGAUUGCAGAUAUUGGACCGGAAGCAGCUUUUGAUGCUGACAAGGUGUAUUUAGCUGCAAUAGAUAAAUUUGAUGCUAUGAUGUCUCGAAGCAAUAGUUAUGCUCCUGAUGCUCUCUUCAGAUGGGGUCUGGCAUUACAGCAGCGGUCUCGCCUACGGCCAAACAAUGCCAGGGAGAAAAUGAAGCUGCUGCAGCAGGCAAAGAGGCUUUUUGAAGAUGCACUCAAUAUUGAUUCUGAUAAUCUUCAAGUAAGAGAAGCGUUAUCUUCAUGUAUGACCGAGCUGAAUGUAUGGGAAUAGUUCUUGGUGUAAAACCAAAAUGGCAAUUCAGAGGGAGAAUUACUUAGUGAUUUUUAUUCUCAUAUAUCUUGCUGCAGAUGUCCAUUCCUCUUUCAUCUCUUCCUUUGGGGUGGGUAAAAUAACACUGUAUAUCAACUUCCAACGCUAGAUUUUGACAUGCACAAUUCAAUUGAUCGGCUUUUGACAAUAUAGCCAGACUGUUAUUUGGACAGUAAAGUGCGGCUGAAAAGGUCAUUGUUUUUGGUCUUAGGAAUGUAUUAAGCUUAGACCAUAGGCACGAAAAUUCAUUCUUUUCCAUCCUAUGUGCACGUCUGCGUGUUGAACAAAUCUCCACUCUUUACUGGUUCUGAAAUAAAAGGAGGCUUCAUGGAUCAUGAACUUUUCUCCUUUA